UUUUGAAUCCUGAGUUUGUUUUAAAGGUGCCACCGGAAGUCACGUGUUUUGUAGUUUUUUCGCUAAGAUCCUGUGUUGUAACGCAGAAACAGGUCACAGAGGAAGCUAGCAGCAGCUAGCCGCUUCUAAAUCUAAGGUUUAUUACCUUUAACGGACAAAUAUUAACUGGCUUUAAUCGGAACAUCUUCAUUAAGCACCUUCCAGAACCACAGCGGUGCUGCGUUCAGGGUCCAGAACCAGAGCGGUGCUGCGUUCAGGGUCCAGAACCAGAGCGGUGCUGCGUUCAGGGUCCAGAACCAGAGCGGUGCUGCAUUCAGGGUCCAGCACCAGAGCGGUGCAGAUACAGAUACAGAGCGUUUAGGGACCUUGGAGCUCUGUGAUUGGCUGGGAGCUCUGAUCCAGGUCCAGGAUGUGUUCGGUGUCUCUCUGAUCAUAACCGUCUCCAGAACCGGGCCAUGUCGCGGUACAGCAAGCUGCAGAAGCAGGUCCUGGCUCUGUACCGCCACUUCCUGCGGGCCGGGAAGGACAAACCGGGUUUCCUGCCCAGAAUACGGGACGAGUUCCGGGAGAACGCGCGCAUCAAGAAGACGGACGUGAUGCACAUCGAGUAUCUGUACCGCCGCGGCCAGCGGCAGCUGCAGCAGCUCAGGGACGCCAACACCAAGCAGCUGGGUUCCUUCUCCAGAGGCAGCGAGCCUGGCUGACCAACAGAACCAGCAGAACCACCGACUGGACCAGCAGAACCACCAGAAGCAUCUAAUGCAUACGUCACUGACUGGACCAGAACCUGCACACAACAUGAAACUUGCUACUAUAAAAUGAACUUUUCUCUGUUACUCAGUCAAACAUUUAACCAGCAGCAGAUCCGUCAGAUUCUGGUUCUGGAAGGUCCAAGGUUCUGGUUCCUCCUGCAUGCCGAGUCAGCAUCACAUCCAGUCACUUCAUCGUCUGAUUUAUUAUAACAGAAGAUAAAAAUGAGAAAAAAACUUGAUUCUGUUGGAACAGAUUCAUCAGAACCAUCAGCAGCUUUUUUGGUUCUGAUUCUGAUGAUAUCUAACCAGUAAAAUUUCUGAGAAUCUGAAAUCAGCUUAGAUAUGAAAUAACUGAGUUUCUCAUCUGCUAAUAUCUCCAGAUUUAUGGGAUGGAGCUCUGCGAUUUCAGUUUCAUUCUCUGUAUAAUAAAAUAUUGAUAAUUAAUGUUUAUUAAAUUAUAAUUUAUUGAGAGAAAAAUAAAAUCCCCACUAAACAUAAUUAUUAAAAUUUAAAACUGAAAUCCAACAAUUGAAGAACAGUCCACUGACGUGUACGUCAGAAAUAAAAGCCACGCUACAUGAUCAGCUCACAUAUUCAACACAAACUUGUAAAAGUGUCUCUAUAACUUGGUGUUCAGAUUCUUCAUGGAUUCAUUUUGAGUUUUACACUAAAGACUGAAACAAACCGACUGCCUGAGCUUAGUAAAAAUAACUUCUGUUUUGGACCUGGUGAACUUUAUUCCACCAUGAUCGUCACAGAAACACAUAACAUAAAGAGUACAAACCCCAUAACUUGAGCUACUGACAGUGACAGUGCCCCCAGGUGGAUUGGCAUAUAAUCACAGUUCUCACUGUUGUAACUAGAGAGCAGAAUAAAGAAGAUUGCAAAACUCCUGCUGAGAAUGAUUUAGAAGAUGAAAUGAAGUUUGUCAAUGAAACUCGGUUGUCUUAUUGAUACAAAACGAUGUUGGAAAACACAAACAAAAUAAACCCAGUUAUUAAAGAA